CAGCAGUCAAUCUCCGACGAAGAUAGUGGAUGUGUUCUGGAGGAGUACACCUGGGUGCCACCUGGAUUGACACCACUACAAGUACACCAGUACAUGAUCAGCCUCCCUGAGAACAAAAUACCAUACGCGGGAGGUAUCGGCGAGAAAUACCGCAUCAAGCAGCUGCUGCACCAGCUUCCGCCACACGACAGCGAGACAAGUUACUGCAACGACUUGAGCGAGGCGGAGAAGAAAGAGUUGAAGUUGUUUACCAGUAGAAGGAGGAAGGAGGCCCUCGGCAAAGGUGUCGUGGUUGUCGUCGGGCUGGAAAAUGAUGGUACCAAGUGCCAACAAUGCCAUGUAUCAUUUUCAUCGGACCAGCUGGCGGUAGGUGCUUCGAGGGCGGGCAGUGGCUCCUUGUGGCACCCCGUCUGUUUCACCUGCUGCGUGUGCAAGGAACUACUCGUCGAUCUGAUUUAUUUCUACAAAGAUGGGAAAGUAUAUUGCGGUCGUCAUCACGCUGAGACGUUGAAACCGAGAUGUGUGGCCUGUGAUGAGAUAAUCUUUGCAGACGAGUGCACAGAGGCGGAAGGUAGAAGCUGGCACGUCAAACACUUCACAUGCUUCGACUGUGACAAGCUACUUGGAGGACAGCGCUACAUAAUGAAGGAUUCCCACCCAUAUUGCUGUUCAUGUUUCGGUGAAAUAUUUACAAGACCAUGCACCAGUUGCCACCUGACUAUCGCCCCAGAGGAACAACAAGUCGUGCUGAAUGGAUUUUUCUGGCAUGCGACUGACGCCUGCUUCUCUUGCUACUCAUGUGGAUGUUGUUUGUUGAAGAAAGAGUUCAUAUCUCAGCAGGGGCAGUUGUUUUGUUCGUCCGCUUGUUCGAUUCCUACCAACCGACGGCACCAACUUCACCGACGUCAC